GUAUAUGUAAAUAUUUUGAAUUUAAAAGGUUUCAUGUAAUUUUGUAUAAUAAUAAUUUUACAAAUUCAAAUAUAUUUUAAUUGUGACAUUGAUCAAUGCAUUUCGUUUAUCAAAAUUAUUUCUUACUACAUUUCGAUUAAAAUUGUGUAAGAUUAAUUUUUGAGACAUAGUAAUUAAUCUGUAUAAGAUUAUAAUAGUUUAUAUAAUCCUUCGACUAUUUGCACUUGUGUUGAUUUUAUCCAUGACUCUGGUUAUGCACUUGUAAAAGCAAUUAAACAUAGCUCGUCAUGAGCUCAAGGCAAAACAAAGAAAUCAUCAUUAAAUUAAAAACAAGCAAUAAAGAGAAACAAAGAAAGUUAUUGAAGAUCGGAAGUGAUUUCAGUGCGUAAACAAAAUAAAUAAAUAUCUCUCAUUAUUUGAAUAACAACAAGUCAGAUAAUAAUCAACGUGCAUUGUCUAAUAAGUAAAUAUUGUAGUUGCUACAUAAUUCUCUAAUAUAUUCAAACGGGAGUGUGAAUUCCAAGUGGUGUGAAUUUAGUGACAAGGAAUAGUUACUUGACUGAAACGAUCGAACAUAAAAACGCAUACGCAUAGCAACAACCGCUUCCAUUUGGGGUGGAGAAAGUGUUAACCAGUGGCUAAAUUACUAAUGCCGCCAGGAAGUAGGUUGUAGACACCACUUGCAGCAAACACAUUUACCAAGCGUUUACUGGUUACAGUUAUCACAUAAUUUUAAUGUAUUAAUUGCGCCGCAUCUUGCCAGUCAACGAAAGCCAUGAGCAUACGCACAAGGGCACUAGUCUUUUCAACCUUCUUCGGGAGUUGCAUCGCAAUUGGACUCCUGCUGGUCAGUUUAACAACAAAUCAUUGGGUACGUGCCUAUCCGAAGCGCCUCAAUUCCACAGAUUCUAAAGGUGAUAUUAACUUUGGAUUAUUUUAUGGCAACAAAGAUCUAGACUAUGGCUUUGGUGUACGCACCUCAGCUAUUACUGUGUACACAUUCGAUCAAAAUGGCCCGGAAACGAUGAACUUUUGGCUUUGGCUGAUCACAGCUUUGGGUACUGGCUUCGGCUUACUUACAUGUGCAAUUUCCGCAAUCGCAGCCGUAUUAAAGGCUGCAUCAGCAGCAAAGCGUCCUGCAACUAUGGUACUACUUUUCGCUUCUAACAUUUCAUCGGCCGCCGCUCAGGUGAUCGCUUUUAUAUGUUGGCUUGUUCAGUUCUAUCAAUAUUUGCAACAAAAUGUACUUGCUGUACAAGAUCGUCAUUGGUAUAGUCAUGGUUUAGCUUAUUUGGGUUACAGCUUCUACUUGGUAAUUGCAUCUACACUUGUUGUUAUAUUGAAUAUUAUCAUAUUACUGCAUGCCAAACGUCGAGAGCAACACGAUCGCCAAAGACUUGAGCCUCCCAGUGAGGUGAAGAAUCAAGGCUCCAUAAUGUUAUACUAAGAGCUUACGCUUUAUCCUCAUAGAAAUAUUUUUUAGUAAAAAAAGAACCAACUGAUGUUAAUUUAUUAUUCGUUGGCGUUAUUAAUGAAUCUCAAACUGCAAAUGAUCAUACUCGGAAAUUGUUAUAUAUCCUAAAAGGGAGUUAAUUUCUUAUCCAUAUUUAUGCAUGUACAGUUAUGUACAUAUGUAAUAGGUAAAUAGCAUUUAAAGUAUAUACAUACUCUACUAUUUUAUUGGACUGCCUACUUUAUCAACCACUUAGUUUAGUCCUAUUUCGGGUUUCCGUUAAAUCUACUUGUAAUAUUUAAAAAAAUAUGUUUUGAAUAAAAUAAAUUUUGAAGUACCUACCAAAUGUAUGACUCGGU